AAAAAACAAUCAAGAGCUCCAAUAAGUCUCAACCAUUGGAGAUGCUCUAACAAAGUUAUACAGAAGCAAAAUAAAAAUUCUUCUCUCUCAGUCUCCUCUUAAUUUCAAUCUCUCCCCAUCUCUAAAAUAUUCACCACAAAGCAUAAGAAUUGAAGGAAGCAGAAUGAAUUUGUGGUAUAUCAUUGUUGCAAUCGUCAUCUUUGCAUCUAUAAUGAUUGCAAAGAAGACGAGAAAGACAAAGAAAAAUCUACCACCUGGACCACCAAGACUUCCUAUAAUUGGCAACUUGCACCAAUUGGGAUCGCAACCUCAUCGUUCGAUGUUCAAGUUAUCUGAAAAGUAUGGAUCUCUUAUGUCCCUCAAGUUUGGAAACGUAUCUACCGUUGUGGCGUCAACUCCAGAGACAGUGAAGGAUGUCUUAAAAUCGUUGGACGCAGAUUGUUGUUCGCGACCUUACAUGACUUACGCUGCAAGGAUUACAUACAAUUUAAACGAUCUAGCGUUUUCUCCUUAUAGCAAAUAUUGGAGGGAAGUACGAAAGAUGACGAUUGUUGAACUCUACACGGCCAAAAGGGUUAAAUCAUUUCGACAUAUAAGAGAAGAAGAAGUGGCCUCUUUCGUCGAUUUCAUCGAGCAGUCUGCUUCAUUGGCAAACCCGGUUAACUUGAACAAGAAGUUAAUGCAAUUGUCAGGCAGUGUGAUUUGUAGAGUCGGAUUUGGGAUAAAUCUUGAAGACAGCAAACUCAAAAAUACUUAUGAGGAAGUCAUUCAAGGAACCAUGGAGGUGUUAGGAAGUUUCGCAGCUGCGGAUUACUUCCCGGUUAUUGGUCAACUCAUCGAUAGGAUCACAGGGUUACAUAGCAAAUGCGAGAAGGUCUUUAAAGCUAUGGAUUCAUUUUUCGACCAAUCUAUUAAACAUCACCUAGAAGAUGAGAGUAUUAAAGAUGAUAUCAUUGCCUUGCUCCUCAAAAUGGAAAAGGGAGAAACUGGACUUGGAGAGUUUCAACUUACUCGAAAGCACACCAAAGGAAUUCUUCUAAAUGUUCUUAUUGCUGGAAUAGACACUUCUGGCCACACAAUAACAUGGGUGAUGACACAUUUGAUUGCAAACCCAAGAGUUAUGAAGAAAGUGCAAGCCGAGGUGAGAGAAGUGAUCAAAAACAAAGAUAAUAUCACAGAAGAAGAUAUCGAACGACUCCAGUAUCUGAAGAUGGUGAUCAAAGAAUCAUUUAGGAUAAACCCACUUGUGCCACUUCUAAUUCCAAGAGAGGCUUCAAAAGAUGUAAAGAUCGCAGGUUAUGACAUUCCAAAGAAAACAUGGAUCCAUGUCAACAUUUGGGCUGUUCAUAGGAAUCCAAACGUUUGGAAAGAUCCAGAAGCUUUCAUCCCUGAGAGGUUUAUGGACAAUGAGAUUGACUAUAAAGGUCUAAACUUUGAGUUGUUGCCGUUUGGUAGCGGAAGGAGGAUGUGCCCUGGUCUAGGAAUGGGUAUGGCUUUGGUACACUUGACUCUUACCAACCUUCUUUAUCGAUUCGACUGGAAGCUUCCAGAAGGAAUGGAGGUAGAAGAUGUUGAUCUUGAAGAAUCAUAUGGACUUGUAUGUCCCAAGAAAGUUCCACUUGAGCUUAUCCCGGUUCUCACCCAAUGGACUUGACUUCAAUUUAUAUUUUCAUAGCUAAAAAUGUAAACUUUGUAAGUAUUUUAAGGUCUUAUCAAUGUAUAUAAAUAAGGAAAUUGUUUGAUGGAUCUCGUUUAAUACAUUUUCUCCGGUAA